GACAAGUUCAUAAUAAUUUUAUGAUCAUUUAUAAUAACUUUACAUGUUUGGGAUUCCAAGAAUUCCUGGAAGUUUCCACCCAGAGAAAAGACACAAAGGAGCGCCGUGCUUGACGAGCAACUCCAGUGAGAGCAUUCAGCUCGUGUAAGGAAUGAAAUGAUCUCAUUAAGCAUCUACACGCAUAAAAUAUUCCCGAAGGGCUUCAGAUAAAGGAAAAAAAAGAACCAAACAAACAAACUAUGCAUGUAACAAAACUACAUGAAACAAAACCAAAAAUAAAAACCACACACACAAAAAAAAAAGGUUGGGACGCGAAAGGCGCCGCACAGAACUCCAGCCGAAGGGCUCGGCAGCCCCGUGUGUGUGAGGGCGCAGCACCGCUUUCCUUCGCUCUGUAACUUUCUUCCCGCUGCCGGAGGACGGGCAGCGUUACAUAACGGCGCCGGGCCGCCCGAGAGCAGCGGAGCGCGGUGAGGGCCGGGACCGCGGGGCCGGGCGGGAAGCGGAGCCGAGGGGAGGCCGGGGCGCGGCGCCGCCUCAGCGCUGGGCGGGAAACCGCCGCCCCGCUCCCCCUACGGCUGUGCGCGCCGAUGGGAGCGGCCGUCCGGCCUCCGCCCGCCGGCCCAGGUGUGAGCUGCGCCCCCCCCCCCGCUGACCGAAAAUGGAUUCGUCCGAGCGCGCCGCGCUCCACGCCCCCCCGCCCCCCAACCCCUCCUCGCGGGGCGGCGGGGAAAUGGAGCGGCGCGGCCCGACCCCUCCGCGGGGCCUCCAGCGGGCGGCGGUGCGGACGGAGCGGAGCGCGGCUCCCCUCAGCAGCGAUGGCAAAGCGCAGACGGCGCCGCCGAAAGCCGAGAGGCAAAACCAAAGCCGCCCCGCAGUCGCAGCGCCCGGCCUGCGGCACGGCGCCUCCGUGCGAUCGCGGCGCUGCCGUCCGCCCCGGCGCGGCUCGCCUUUCUCCGGUCGCAGCCGCAGCCCGGCCCUCGCUCUGCCCGCUGCCUUUGCCCGCUGCCACGCGCGCCGUUCGGCCUUUGGCUGCGGUCGCGGCGCUGCUGUUCCGCUGGUGCCGCGGCGCUGUCACUCAGAGUUUCACAGUGGUUAAAGAGGUGAUAUUUCCUUCACAAGUCUACUUAAGGGAGCUAAAUGCAUUCAAAGAGCAGCUGGAAAAGCUGGAAACUGAAUUUUCCAGACUACAAGGAAUACUGCAGAAGAGUGGAAUUACAACUUUGUCUUCAGAAAGCUCUCACUGUCAGAGAUGCAGUCAAACAGUUCUGGGUGCUCCUGUAGAAAUGCAGCCAAACCCUCCACCAUCAGUUCCUGGGCCUCCUGCAGUGCAGCUGCAGCCCACAGCUGUGCCUCCUCCUCCACCUCCUCCACCACCACCACCACCACUGCCACCACCAAAACUGCCUGCAGCACCUCUCCUCCUCAAACGUGGUAACGGCUCUAAAGCACUUCUGGAGCCGUCGGUAAAAAAAGAUGCACCGAUGCACAUCACUCUCAAAGAUCUCCUGAAUGUAAAGCUAAGGAAGACAGACAGCAGCCUGAGAGCAGACAAGGCAGGAUCCCCAGAGAGGACACACAGGGCAUUAAUUACAGUCUCUGAUUUACAGAGUGUUAAUCUGAGAUCCAAAUCCAAGCCAUCAGCUCGCAUUACAAGCUCCUUAACUACCCCACCUAAAAAUCAGUUAGAUCUUCGGAAACAUCUUAAGAAAGUCAAUAUACAAAGAAGUCCUGGUGGCACUCCACUAAAUAAAGAAAACACUGAAUGUGGGACUGGGUUGACACCAAUUAUGACACAGGCACUACGGCGCAAAUUCCAGAUGGCACAUCCGAAGAGCCCCUCACCAGCCCGGCUGAGCGCUGCCAACAGCUUUGAUGAGCACAAGUAAGGUUUACACAGUGAUGUGUUUUCAUUUAUGGUCAGGGAGCUGCUUGGAUCACAUUUUAAUGUCACUGAGGCACAACGAAUGUGUGUGAGUGCAUUUGGGAAGGGGGCAUUCUGAAAACACGUUAUCCAAAGCCUGCCCUUUUCAAAAGCAACAUCUUCCCACUGUGUCUCGAUCUGGUUUUGUAUUUUGUAAGACAAAAUGAGGUUUUCUCAGUAUUUUAAUACCUGCCUGCUGCUGAAACAGGGACUGUUGUGUUCCUGGUGCUGAUUCUGCUUGUAAUAUACAUGUGUUUGUUUAUGGAAAUUCAGUAUUUUUUAUAACAAGACUGAUCUUGCAAUUGCACAAAUUCCAAGCAAAGCAGCAGUUGUGCCCUCUGGUGCUCCUGAAGUGAACGUUUACAGUCUCCCACAAUUACAUGGUUAAAAGCACACGAGACAACUGCAGUCUGUAUUGCUUUGGGGCCAGAUGAGGUCACCUCUGCUAUUAAAGGCUGCGCUGCUUGGAGGCACAGAGAGGAGCUCACUGCUCAGCAUGGACACGGCGUGGCCUCGGGACAAAGUCCUGCUAUACAAGGACUGGAUU